AUGCUGCUUCAAGGACCUUACUUCACUGCUGUAGAUUUAGCAGAUAUAGCCCGUAAACUUGAUGAAAGAGAAAAAUUGGUGCUUGGGGAAAGCACAGGAUGCAGUCAAAAUAUGGAUGAUUCUGGAUAUUUUUCGGUGCAGAUUCCAUUUUGCAGCCGUGGCCGGGCAUAUAUAUGCAAUUUAAGUGAACAUUGGUUUACCCUUCGGCGUUUCGGUUUCCAGUGGUUCAAACUCAAUUCGUUGCUUUCCUCUCCGAAGUUGAUUACGGACAUGUAUUUAAGUAUAUAUCUAGCGCAGUUGGCAAAUGAAGGAUAUUCAAUUUUUGUCGUCGAAGGCGAGUUACCGCACUGUACAGCAGAUGAAGUUUUAAAACAGUGUCCGGUAGACCCUGCAUUAGCAGCCCAGAAUGAUCCUAUAAGGGAUGAUCAGCGUGAGGAUGAAGAUCUAGCAAGGGCUAUUGCUUUAUCGCUUACUGAAGAUAAGUCAGAUCAGGAAGCAUAUUAUGGUGACCUUGAAGCUGCUGUGAGAGAAAGCAGACACUUGGAUGAGAAAGAUGAUGUUUCCUUUCAGCAAGCGUUGAAACAGAGUGCUCAAGAGGCUAUGGAGAGGGAGGAGGAAGAGAUGGAGAGGCAGCUACAAUGUGCGCUCCAGAUGAGUUUAGGAAUGUGUGCUUCUACUUCAAAAUCUGCUACUGUAAAGGAUCAUAUGUCAGAAGACUGCAGGCACAAAGAUAGCGUUGAAGAAAAAAUGGACGAAGCAGCAACAGAAAGUGAAGCACCGUCUAAUGCAGCAGAAGUACGGAUGAAGAGAGAGGGAUUUUUGAAAAAGUUUGAGAAAUGA